AGUAAGGGAAGUCUCUGGAAAUGUGCAGCUUGGCACAUGAUAAUGAAACAUGAGGGAUCAAGCGUGGGGCCCGCCAUUGCUAACGCAGGCUUAAUGUUCCCCAUCUGCCGGGCUUUAUACUCUCUGCUUCUUGUGCAGGAUUAUCUGAGCUGCCAUUAGAGCAGGUACACUCAGAUUUUAAACUCUUGGACCAGAGUUUUUUGUAUAACCGUGGUGGCGUUAGCAAUGCAUGAAGUCUUGAAGAGAUUAAGUGUAAGUGUAGUCCAAAUCCAACGUUCUCACACAAGAAUGGCUGCAAUUAAUGUUGUUUGCUGAUAAUUUGUUUGCAGAAGAGGGGGUGUUCGAUUGUGUCGGAGGAGAAAAAUGAUGCCGGAGGUCCCGUGUUCGAUUCGCAGGGAGCAAAAUGAUGCCUGGAUUUAAAUGCUUGUUGUUGCUGGUGUCUAGGAUGAGGCUUUAACAUCUGGCUACUAAUUUGGCCCGCAUUGCGGCGGCUCGGCCGGUGAUAGUCCGCUGAUGUCGCCGCUGCUUUCAAAAUCAUUGAACAACUUUUUUUCUACAUGUUGCGGAAUCUUUUGGUGGUUUCUAGGGACACAGUGAAGUGAGAUCGAGUGUUAAUUGUUGAGGAUAUAUUACUUAUAGGUGGAGUAGAGAUAAUAUAGAUCCGAGACAAUGGAGUCGAGGAUGGACCAGUACGAAAUAAUGGAGCAGAUUGGACGGGGAGCUUUCGGGGCUGCGAUUCUUGUCCAUCACAAGACGGAAAAGAAGAAGUAUGUUUUGAAGAAGAUCCGUCUAGCUCGACAAACUGACAGAUGUCGACGCUCUGCACAUCAAGAGAUGGCUUUAAUUGCACGCAUUCAACAUCCUUACGUUGUGGAGUACAAGGAAGCUUGGGUGGAAAAGGGAUGUUAUGUUUGCAUUGUAACAGGAUAUUGCGAAGGUGGAGACAUGGCAGAGAUGAUUAAGAAAGCUAAUGGGACAACUUUUCCUGAGGAGAAACUAUUGAAAUGGUUUACGCAAUUGCUAUUGGCUGUUGAUUAUCUGCACUCAAACUACGUUCUUCACAGAGAUUUGAAGUGUUCUAACAUAUUCCUAACCAAGGAUCAAGAAGUGCGACUUGGUGAUUUUGGACUGGCAAAAACUCUCAAGGCAGAUGACCUAGCUUCCUCUGUGGUGGGCACCCCAAACUACAUGUGCCCAGAACUUCUUGCCGAUAUUCCUUAUGGUUUUAAAUCUGAUAUCUGGUCGCUAGGUUGCUGCAUGUAUGAGAUGGCUGCUCAUCGACCUGCAUUUAAAGCAUUUGAUAUGGCUGGACUGAUAAGCAAGAUAAAUCGUUCAGCUAUUGGCCCCUUACCAACCAUUUACUCUUCCUCCUUAAAAGGUCUUAUCAAAAGUAUGCUCAGAAAAAAUCCAGAACAUAGACCCACGGCAGCUGAAAUCUUGAGGCAUCCUCACCUUCAGCAUUGUGUUGCUCAAUGUCGUGCUGAAUCUGGAUUCAUGACUUGUACUUCUCCUGAUAGACCAAUUUGGAAGGCACAUCGUGUUCGAGAGAGCGUCGAGGAUAGUCCUCGUAUCCAUUCCAGUGGCAACAGGGAAAGCUUAAGUUCAAAUGGGCAAAGUAGUCCAGGCAUUUCCCAUGACUGUGAAGGAAAUAAUGGAGAUACAUUUCAUAGUGAUAAUGUGAUUGAUUGCAAGGAGGCUGAGGAUCAAUCAUGGGCAUUUAUCACUUCCGAAAAUCAAAUAUUGAAGGAAGAAGAUGAGACAAAACUGUUACAACUGCCACAGAGAGAAAACGUGCAUAAGUUUGAUGGGAAACAACUGAAACCAGAGAAACGCCCAUUACUUAAUUUAAAAGAUGAUGCAAAAGUUCCAGCAAACUCCUCUCCAUUGAGAAGCAAUCGUAUAACCCGAGCUGUAGCCACCACUAACCCAAGGGACAAUUUAGACAAGAUUGGGACUCCACCAAAAGUAAAUGCAGAUUCCACUAAGAAGAUCCAGCCAACACCAUCUCCAAAGCAUUUGUCACCUAACAUAGAAUCAUCCCCAAGGAGUAAACUUAGACAUGAAGUCACAGUGCCGUUGGAGCAGACUGCACAAGAUAGACAUGGUGCUGGAAACACAAAGCAGCGCCUGCCAUCCACAUCUACAGCUCAACGAAGGUCACCACUUGCAAACCCCGCAAAACCAUUGGGUCCUGUAAGGAGUUCAUCCCCACUGAAUGCUCGUAGAUCUCGUCCUUUGAAUGAAAUUAAAGCAUCUGACAAAGACGAAGUCUCUACUGUAGCUAAAAUUCAUUUUCCAUAUCCUAAAGCUCAAAGGAUAUCCACAAAAUCACCUCCACAAUCUCCAAGUUUAGAUUCUGAAGAAUUUUCAGAUGUUCAAGAGGUGCAUCAAGAUCCAGCAGAAAACUUUCAUUCACUUGAGUCCCAGAGAACGCCAAGACACAUUGGUCUUCUUGUUAAUGCUGCAGUUUCCUGUGAAAAUAAUGAUUAUCAAAUGGCGAUUUCUCAGGCUAUUUCAGCUCAGAGGUCAUUACCCAAGGAAACCUUUGUGUCCAGAAGAGCAGAAACUGAUCCACAUCUUUCUGUAAAUCAGGAAACAUUGAAGGAGCCUUACCUUGCAUCUACCACAAUGAUUCCCAAUGAGAUGCGUGAUUUACAUCAAAUGACUUCCACUGAUGUCUCUGGGAAAACAAGAAAAGAAAUGUCUCUGCAUCCUCUUGAAUCUCAAGCAGUGUCUAUCAGUUCAAGCACUUCUGCUAUCCCUGCAAUUUCUGCCUUGAGUUGUGUACAAAUUCAGACAGAAACUGUAGAAUCAUAUCCUCUUGUUUGUAGUGAAAAUAACCAACCUGAUGUACAGAAGUUGUCAUAUAAUGAUGUCUUCAUUGCAACAGAGAAAGAAAAUGUCAGUUGUGUAAGUCAGGAAAUACCAUGUUCUCCAUUUUCUAAAUUUGCUAUUGGAAAGCUCCAAUUUGUUUCAGAGCCUACAAUAGUAAAAACUAUUGAGGCACAGGAAAAACUCAAUGACCAAUCUCCUCAAAUGCAAAAUAUUGCUAGGCAAUAUUGGGGUACUUUGAACUCUCAAAGUGCCAAAGCAGUUCCUUGUUCGGUAAGGACAUCAGAAGAUAUUCUAGCACAAAUGGAGGUAAAUGACCUCACUCCGGCAUCGAAGAAUAUUUUGAAACGGUUUCCUUCAAUGGGAAAUGAUGCAACAGCACAAACAGUCCCUGUUACAGAAGACAAUAUAGAUCUACCCAUACCAGCGAGGGAAGGGAGCCAACUACACCCUGAAAUUUUGGUGCCAUACGGACAAUGUCCUCUUGAUACCUGUACAGAUUCAGUUGUCACUCAUUAUACUCAAGGAUAUAUUUCAAAGGAUAUGCAGAAAGAUAAUGUAAGGCCUUUUGAAAAUAAAGAUCUUGCAUCCCAAUCUUGCCCUUCUACUGUUAAGAAUUCUCUAGGAAUUUUUCAUUUACAGAAUGAGAUAGCUGAAACCACAUUUACUGUGAAAGAGCAAGAAACUAAUCAAUCUGUGAAUGAGCUAAGUAAUGCAAAAGAUUGCGUGGUUCCUUCAACUGGGAAUGUGAAAGUAUGUUCUAAUAGCCUUGAGGAGGGUAUCCAGAAACGUAGUCCAAGGUUUUCUGAGAUUACAACUCUUCCAUUGCAAUCUCUGCUGCCUUCUACUGUUCAAAAGGGUACUGGAAUUCCUGAUAUACAGGAGAUAGCAGGCACUGUCUCUACCAAACAUGGCCAACUAUCUAAUCAACAUGUUUGUGUAUCUCAAAAUGAAAAGUUUCCUGCAGUUUCUACUAAUGAGAAUGGAAAAGUAUUUCCUGAUGUACGGGUGCUGUCUAAUACCAUGGGUGUUCAAACUGAACAGAAAAUGUGUGCAAGCAAUGGUGAUUGUGUAACACCAGAAAGAGAACCAUCAUAUAUGUCAGCCCAUAAGCAAGAUCAAAUGCAUGUGAUGGGAGAUGACCAGUCACCUGAUGUAUCUGUAAAUGCUCCAAGGUUGGAUUUAAUGCCGGAAUUCAAACUCUCGACAUCAUCUUCUUGUGAAUCCAGACCACAGGAUCAUGAAGAAUUUCCAGUCAAGGAAGUUCCUGGAUCAAAGUCGGAUAACUGCAUGGAAUUUCACAGAUUUUCUCGAUGUGCCAGUGAAAGAGACAAUGAGUCAUGCUCAUCAUGUUAUAGCAGACAAUAUUCUGAUUGUGGUACAUCCUCAACUUCUACAAGUCAUGAUAAAUUGCCAAGAUCAUCAUAUCAAGAAAAUGAUGAGGAAUACAAAACCCAGGAGAAAGGAACCAUUCAGAUUAAUGAGAAGUUGCCUGUAAAUGUGCAGCAAUCCUUCAACGAUGUGAUACAUGUGAUCAGGCACAGCACCUAUAGGAUUGGUGGAGACCAAAAGACAGUAGAGUCUGUAGAGAUGGAUGUGCCCAACUCAUUUCAAGAUAUGAAAAGGGAUGCCAUGGAAGGAAAGAAUAUUCAUUCUGUUAAUAAUGUGUCAACUCAUUCCCUUUCACAGCAUUCACAGAAUACUCCCCGCAGAGAUGAUGAUUAUCAAUUAAAGAGACUUGAUGUACGAUCUUAUCGUCAAAGGGCAGAUGCUCUUGAAGGUCUGUUAGAACUGUCAGCCCAGCUGCUUCAGCAGAAUAGGCUGGAAGAACUUGCUGUUGUGCUCAAGCCUUUUGGAAAGGAUAUUGUUUCAUCAAGAGAGACAGCUAUUUGGUUGACUCAGAGCUUGAAAGCAAUGAAAGGUGAUGAGCAGUAGAGGGGAUCUAUUGGCACAAUUUCAAGAGAGUAGUUUGGAAGAACUUGUGCUCAAGCCUUGUUGGAAAGGAUAUUGAUUCAUUAAGAGAGACAGUGAUUUGGUUGACUUCGAGCUUGAAAUUAGUUAAGGGUGAGGAACACUACAGUAGAGCUGUAGCCACAACUUCAGCAGUGGGUUGGAGGAGCUUGUUUAUUGUUCAACUAGAGAGAUGGGCAUUUUCUUGACUCAGAGCUUUGUAGCUGUGAAGGGUGAGGAAAACUACAGUAGAUCCAGACUGGGAGAUGAUUCCAGGUUGAAAAUGAUGCCAAAAUUUUUAUUCAUGUUAUACUUUUAGCAAAUUGCUGAAAGUCCUGAAUUCAAUGUACCUAUUCUGAUGGCAGAUGGGGUUCUUGUAUCCUGCAUCAGAUGGAUGGGGUUCUUGUAUCCUGCAUCACGUCAUUGUCUAGAAUUGUGACAAUAAUGUGUAUGUACAGAAACUUGUUUUAUUACAUUGAUAUUUUUCUUUGUUUUGCAUUGUUCAAAGCAGAGUCUGUAAUGUCUGAGUGAUACUGCCUCAGGGUUCUAUUUUAAUUAAAAUGCACAUACGUUCUUGCUUA